AUGUUUAUCGAUGAAGACUAUACAAUUAAAGUAAAAACAAAAUCACGUUUAUAUAAUUUAGAUAAAAAUUCAAUGGAUAUUACAAAUGAAUAUCCAAUGUCGGAAAAUCAAACAGAUCAUGAAAAAUUAACUAAAACUGAAUAUACUUCAAUUGGUUCAUCACGUAAACUUAAUUUAUUAUUACAACGUUCACUUCGUUACUCAUAUCGACAACGAUGUUGUGGAUGUUGUCCAACAAUACUUUGUGAAUUAUUAUUUCCUCUUAUUAUAAUAGGAUUAUUAGCAUUAGCUCGUUAUGGUACAAAUGCACUUAUUAGAGAAAUGAAUGGAAAUUCUGAUUCAAAUUCAAGAAGUUUUGGUGGUCCUCUAUGUUCACAAAAUAUAAAUACAACAACAACAAUAUUAUCAAAAGAUUUAUUUACGAAAUGUUUUAAAUUUCCACCAAGUUAUAAAGGACGUAAAUGGUCUUUAUUAGAUUCAAAUAUUAUUUCAAAUAAAACAAAUAUUAUAUUUCAACCAAUGACAAAUGAAACAAAUGAACUUGUUAUACUUGCUAAAACACGUUUGACAAAAAUGAAUUGUAAGGAUACUAAAAUAUGGAGUCAAAAUAUAAAUGAUGGAAAUGAUACUUAUUUAUUACAAAAUGAAAUAGAAAAUACAAUUAUUAUUGAUUUUGGUUCAACAUCAAAUCUUAAAACUGAACGUAAUCUUGAUUAUAACAUAAUGGUUCGAACGUCGAAUGUUUUUAUAAAAAAUGCACCAGUUGAUAUGUCAUUUAUAUCAUUUUUACAUCCAACUUUUAUUCCCGAUCGAUCGAAUGUAACAGGUAGUGAUGAUCAAGAAGGUUCGGAAUUACCUGAAUUUACUGAUGUUAAAAUGUUUAUUGAUUCAUUACUUAUUGAUUAUCAAACAAAUAAAACAAUUGAAUUUGAACUUGAAAGAAGUCCUAUAACUUGUACACCAGUUCGUCGAGAUUCUAUAUUUGAAUCUGGAUCAAUACUUGUUACAACAAUUUUAAUUAUGAUUGAUUUUAUUUUUCUGAUUCCAUAUUUAAUUCUUCUAAUCAGUUUAAUUCGAGAAAAAAAUGCUAAAGUUAAAGAAAUUCUUAAAGUACUUGGCAUUGAACCUAUUUUAAAUAAUUUUGCUCAAGCAAUACGAACAUUAAUUAUUCUUUGUCUUUUUAUUUUACUUUUAUGUAUUGUAUAUAAAUUAAAAUUAAAACCAGAUGCAUAUUUUAAUACAGUUAAUUUUGGUAUUCUCUUUAUUGGUUAUUUAAUAUUAGGUUUACAAUUAAUAUCAUUUUGUAUAAUGAAUGUACAAUUAUUUGAUAAAAAUGUUCGUGCAAUAUUGGGUACAUUUUUGAUUUAUUUGAUAUCAUUAAUUGUUUUUUCAUACAGUAUUGUAUGGCCGACGGGUAUACAAUAUGUAUUAAUAUUUUUUAGUCCUUAUAUUGCUGGACAUUCAUUAUUUCAACAAGCAAUUUUACAUGAUUUGGCAAAAAUAGAUGUAUCAUUAUUUCGAACGAUUUAUUAUUAUGUACCAAUGUAUUUUCCAACAUUGAUUAUUAUGAUUUUUAGUUGUAUUUUCUAUUGGGUAUUGUCUUGGUAUUUGGAAAAAGUAUUUCCAGGUAUAUAUGGAAUUCCACUUGAAUGGAAUUUUCUAUUUAAACGAGAUUAUUGGCGUUCAGAAAAAAUUGAUUAUUGUAAACAUUCAUUUUCUAAUAGUAAUACAUCAAAUUCUAUUGGAAAACCUAUUGUACAUAUUUAUAAUCUUGUGAAAAAAUUUGGUCCUGAUAAAAUAGCUGUUAAUGAUGUUUCAUUUAAUUUAUAUGAAAAUCAAAUAACAUCAUUACUUGGACCAAAUGGUUCAGGAAAAACAACAAUAUUUAAUUGUUUAAUUGGAAUAUAUAAACAAACAUCAGGUCGAAUAACAAUUGAAAAUGAAGAUGGAAUAGAAUUUGAUACUCAAAUAAAUAUUGAUAUGUUAAGAAAAUCAAUGGGUUAUUGUCCUCAACAUGAUAUUCUUUUUGAUUUAUUAACAAUAAAAGAACAAUUAGAAUUUUAUGCAAUAGCUCGAGGAUUUGAAAAAAAUAAAAAGAAAAUAGUUAAAGAAAUGCUUUAUUUAGUUAAUCUUCAAAAUUCAAAAGAUCUUUAUUGUAAUUCAUUAUCUGGUGGAAUGAAAAGACGUUUAUCAUUAGCUUGUGCAUUUAUUGGUGAUACAAAAAUAGUUCUUCUUGAUGAACCAUCAAGUGGACUUGAUCCAUCUAAUCGUCGUUUAUUAUGGGAUUGGUUACGUUCAAUGAAAGAAGGUAAAACACUUUUAUUAACAACACAUUUUAUGGAAGAAAGUGAUGCAUUAUCGGAUCGUAUUAUAAUUAUUGCUAAUGGAAAUAUUAAAGUUGAUGGAACAUCAGCUAAAUUAAAAGAACAAUAUGGAUCAGGUUAUAAAUUAGUUAUUAAUAAACAACAUAAUUAUCAUACAAAUGAUAUUAAAAAUGAAUUAUAUCAAUAUUUACCAAAAUUAAAAAUUGAAACAGAUAUAUCUGAUGGUGAUGUUGUUUUUCGAACUAAUCAACAACCAAAUGAACAAUUUGUACAAGCAUUAUAUCAACUUGAAAUUAUGAAAAAAGAAAAUCGAAUUAAAAAUUAUGGUGUACAAAAUAGUACUAUGGAUGAUGUAUUUUUAAAAAUAACACGAGAAACAAAAAAUGAUAAUGAAUCAAAUUCAACAUCAAUCGAUAUUGAUAAAAUUGACAAACAAUGUCAUGAUGUAUUUAAUGAUCGACAUUUUCUUACUGGUAUUUCUUAUCAUUUAAAUCAAUGUUAUGGUUUAAUAAUAAAAACUUCACUUGUACGUUAUCGUCGUUGGGCAUUAACAUUUAUUAUAUUAUUAUUACCUAUUUUAUACAAUCUUCUAUCAAAUUUAAUAUUUCGUAGUGGAAAUGACAGUGGAAUAUUUAAAAUGAAUUUAAAUUCUCUUAAUCCACAAACAAUUAUAUAUCAUACAGAUCCAAUUAUAGAAAAAUAUUUUCGCGCAUCUAUUGAUGGUUCAAAGCUUGAACAAGGAUCAGCAAAUAUAACAGAAAUGAAUCAACAAAUUUGGCAAAAACGAAUGAAACGUCCUUAUACAUAUACAGAUAUUUAUCUUGGUUUUAAUAUUCCUAAACCAAUUGGAGAUAAAUAUACAAUUCAAACAUUAUCAUCAAAUUUAAUAUCUGGUCAUGAAAUUAUUUCACUUGCAUCAAAUACAUUCUAUAAAUAUAUAUUAAAUGAUACAAGUGCAUCAAUUCAAACAACACUUAUUUAUAAAAAUACAGGAAAUUUUACAGCACAAGUAUCUGUUGGUAUUCUAAUGAAUUUAUUAAGUACAGCAUCAUGUUUUCUUAAAUUAUUACCAAUAUCACUGUUACUUGAUGUAUUUAUAUUUUAUAUCUUUUUCUUUUAUACAACUGUAUUUUUAAUCAGUGAACGAAAAGAUAGCUUUUUAUCAUUAUUGAAUAUCAGUGGUUUACAUCCAGCAUCAUAUUGGCUAUUUAGUUAUCUAUUUGAUAUAAUUAUAUCUGUUAUAUGGUUUUGUUAUUUACUUGCUAUUUAUUGUAUAAUUGAUAUUGCUUUUCAUGGUGUACCAAAUAAGAAACCUCACUUAGAAACUAUGAUUCCACUUGAAUUUGCUAGUCCAUGGAAUUUACGUAUACAAUUUUAUCCAUUAACAAUUUUAAUUACAUUACCAACAUUACCAUUUGUUUAUUUAUUAACAAAAUUUUUUCGAAGUGAUAUUCUUGGUGGUAUAACAAUAUGUUUUCUAUUAAUAGUUUCUCAUUUUAUAAGUAUUAUUAUUCCCGUUGUAACAAUGAUAAUAGAAAAUACAUUUAUUCGAAAAUUUUUAUAUUGGUUAUUUAAUCUUAUAUCACCAACUAUAAAUUCGCAAGUUAUAAUAACAUAUAUUUUAGCAAAAAAAAGUCGAUUAUGUAGAUUUAUUACUGAUCCAUUUGGUUUAGAUGAUCCUGCAUUGAAACUUUUUAAAGCAAUUGGUGAUGAUACAAUUCAAUGGAAUAUUGGAAUUAUUAUUUUACAUAUAUUAUUAUUCUUUUUAAUAUUAAUUAUAAUUGAUAGUGGUUUAUUACAAAUAUCAUUAUCAUGUUUAUAUAAAUCAAAUUUUAAUGAAAAUCAACUUGAUGAUGAUGUUUUAGUUGAACGUCAUCGAAUAUUAAAUAAUGAAAAAAAUUCAUCUAAUAAUAAAGAACAUAUUGAUUAUUUAACAGUUAAUAAUCUUGUUAAAUAUUAUCCAAUACGUAAAAUUUUAGCUGUUAAUCAUUUAACAUUUGGUGCACGACGUGGUGAAGCAUUUGGUUUACUUGGUUAUAAUGGUGCUGGAAAAACAACAACAUUUCGUAUUAUUGUUGGCGAUUUAAUGUCAACACAAGGCACGGCUUAUAUUGAUGGACAAAAUGUUCAUCGUCGAAUAAGAUCAACACGUCAUUUAGGAUAUUGUCCACAAGAAAAUUGUAGUAUGAGUUAUCUUACUGUUCAUGAUAGUCUUUAUUUAUUAGCACGUAUACGUGGUAUUAAAUCUUCACGUAUAAAAUCUAUUGUUCAAACAAUAAGUUCAUUAUUUUUACUUGAUCCAUUUUUAAAUAAUUAUAUACAUGAAUUAAGUGGUGGAACAAAACGUCGAUUACAUACUGCUAUAGCAUUAAUUGGACCGCCAUUAGUUGCUAUUCUUGAUGAACCAACAACGGGUGUUGAUCCACAUGCGCGACAACAAAUGCAAGAAAUAUUUUUAAAUGCUGUUAAAGCAAAAUUAACUAUUAUUUUAACUAGUCAUUCAAUGGAUGAAUGUGAACGUGUUUGUAAUCGUCUAGGUAUAAUGGUUCAUGGUCAAUUAGCUUGUUUAGGUACAAUACAACAUUUAAAAUCAAAAUUUGGUCAAGGUUAUACAAUUGAAAUAAAAGUUCGUUCAAUUGAUAAUGAUAUAAAUGCAACAGCAAUACAAAAUGUUCAAUCAUUUUUAUUAUCUCAAAAACAAUAUCAUAUUGAAAUUAAAGAAACAACACAAUCAACUGGUGUAUUUCAAAUUGAACAUAGUACACCAGCUGAAUUAUUUCAAUUACUUGAAGAAAAUAAACAACAAUUAAAUAUUGAAACAUAUACAAUAUCACAAACAACACUUGAACAGAUAUUUUUAUCAUUUGGAAAACAAAUUCGUGCAACGACUAAAUAA